CUAGUGGCACAAUGUGGGAAGACUAUGAUCCCAACGAAAUAUUCGAUUUUGAUCCCUUCUACCAUCCCGACUCCAAUCCGCCUCCGGAGACCUCGCUGAUCACAUUCGUAUGGAGUGGAGGAGAAUCCAUUCUGCUGAUUUCCCUUGCUACAAAAAUUAUCGGCGUAAAACAACUUAUUUUGGAAGUGCUUCGCAUCCCAUUCCCAGUAGACAGGCAAGAGCUCUCAUGGGGAGGGCAAUUCCUAAGGGAUGAACUGACUCUACAAGACUAUAACAUUCCUUCUGAGACUUCAAUUAUUCUCCUCGAAAAAAUUAAAGUCACGAUCUACAUGGAGGCUGGUGACAUUCAAUAUGAGUAUGUAAUCCACGAUGGUACUACCAUAGAUCAGUUGAAGGCGAAACUUCAGGCAGAACACGACGUUGUCAUCGAAAAUAAGGUACUCCGAAUGGGGAAUGCUUAUCUUCCUGAUGAUGCUCAAUUGUUUGCUGUUGGAGUUGUGGAAGGAACUACGUUAUACCUCGUUGAGCGUUUCAAUGCGUAGGUGAGAUGAUAUAUAUGCAGACUUCACCAUUUCAAUGGAACUUGGUUAACUUUGAUUUGCUGCAAAAUCUUAUGAGUUCACUAGUACUACAUUAUAUAAUUAGCUUAUAAAGCAUGAGCUAUAUUACAGUAGUUUAGACGAAAAAUAAAUUCGCGAUAGAGUAUAAUUAACUUAGCUUAAUAGUAUGGUGUUUGGAAAUUUAAAAUAAAUGUGUAUCUGUUGGAUGAUGAAUAUAUGCAAUAAAGAUCUG